AUGGCUUCCGUAAAGGUUCUCAAGGGUGAGCAGCUUCUCGCUUGGGAACUCGCAAAGAAACAAGGAACUGCCGGUACACUACGUCAGCAGCUAGGUGCUCGUAGAGGCGAGCCUGCUCCCACUCCUUCCUCCCUGAGCACACCUCCAGCCUGGUUCGACCCAGCUCGCGCAACAGUCGGUCGUGCUGCAAAGGUUUAUCCCGAAGCAUCUCUCCUAGGUGCCCCCGAGGAUGUCCGUCUGCUCAUCUACAACUUCAUGGAGCUUGAUGCCAAAGACACGGCUUCUGACCUGAGCACUACCCCGACCACUACUUACGACUCCCUGUUAUUGGUGAGCCGUCAAUUCUAUCACGAGUUGGAUACUGCCUACUGGCAGCACUGGCUCGUGCGCCAGAACAAGAUCAAGGCCUUUCUGAACAUGCCGUUCUUCAAGGAAGGUGUCGAGUUCUGCAGCAAGACAGGCAAGGUCUCGCUCGUCUCAAAGUCUUUAGUAUUGAGAAGCUUCAAGUCCCUGUCACUUGAGGUGCCUCUUGAUCUUCAUCCCAAGCUACUCGGAGCUCUCAAAGUCGCCAUUCAAACCCUCCCUCUGACAGAGCUGAAGCUGCUUUUCACCGGUAAAGACGCCUAUGGCACAGAAACCAAUCUUGGCUCUUGCGGUCUCCAACAGGAGAAAUCAUCCAGACAGCUGCCAGUCUCAGGUCAGAGAUUUGCUUAUCGAGCAGAGUUCAUCAACACUCUGAUGAAGCUUCGAAACCUUGAUACCCUUGUCCUCUCCAACGCCAAUGUUCCAGUCACGUUCAACCAGGUUAUCAACAACAAGCCAAACCUGACCAAGCUGUCAAUCAUUCCGGACAAACGCACCUCUCUGUCUUACGAAUGGGAAUCUGCUGCUCGGAAUGCAUAUGAUCCUACUCUGCGACAUGCUGCUUUCGGCGCGGCUAUCCCUCUAGAUGUCAAGAAUCUGCCACCGCUGUUGGAAUUGGAGAUCAGUGCCAAUGCGAUGGUCUGGUCAUCGUCUGUGGUCAAACAUUCCCUUGUGACGGUUGAGAAGCUCUCUUGGAUCGUUCCUAAGCCUUCACAUCAAGCCGGCCCUGUUCCUGGCUCGAACCUCAAUUGGCUCAGGCAGACCAAAGACCUCCUACACCUUGCCGCGAUGCGUGCUGAUAGAGUUAAGCUCAAGUCGCUACGUAUCUGCAUUGAGCCUACUAUCUAUGACAAUGCGCUGAGCCACCUCCGCUACGACCGUCAUGAAGUUGGGGAGCUCAUUGCUUCUCUCAAAGCAGAUGUCAAGGAUAUCACGAGCCUCCGAAAUUUUGAACUUCACAUGGACUACCUUUCCGACUUUGCUCACAACGGCUUUGACUUUGUCACCAGCCUCGGCGACAACCUGGAACGUUACUACAUCUCCGACAAGUUGAUUGUCACAGAUAACGAAAAGAUCCCUUCCGCAUACGUUCCGCAUAACGAGGAGCUCACUGCGCACAAUGAGUUCUUGACUGAGGACACAGACCACCUUGCAGUAGGCACUCAAACCCUGUCAGUCCACCACUAUCUCGUCCGUCACCUCACGAUCGACAACUUCGGCGUGCUGUCCUUCUCCCCCUUCCAUCUCAAGGACAGCAAUCACGCUCCUCCAGGCGAAGAAGAUGCCACUCGCACAGACAGAAUUCUCAAUCGCAAGAACCUCGUCUUCCUUGCCUACCAGUACACUGACAAGCGCAACAACCUCCUCCGCGUCGUUGAGGCUGCUGACGGCGCUUCAACCCCCCCGGCUAAGGACCUCGAGGUCUAUGAUGAGGACCGCGUCCGUCUCCUCCGCCUCAACGGCCGUCUGCUCGAUCGCGAGCGCAACAAGCACAUGUACGCCGUCGGUUACAAGCCGCCAACUGCUGCAAAUGAAGUCGCCGUUGGCAUCGAUCAGCGCCCGGCUCGCCGCUAUCCGGUCGUUAUCCGCCACGAUUCGCAUGAUCACUGGAUGUGCAAGUCCUGA